AGCGCCUACAGCGAUUUGGGCUCCUACCCCCGGUACCCCGCGAGCGCAGUCACUUCCUUCUUUCUUUAGUAGCUUUAGUAGCUUGUUCCUCUAGUGGGCUGGCUUUCCCUUAGGGUUUGUGGCCCUGUUCUUGCCCCAGCAUGACUUUUUUCGGGGCGCCGUUGUGAAAGCCUCACGCAGGAACCUGCCCCCAUGCAGAUCCCACUGGUGACUCUCCAGCCUUGUCACCAUGAACGGUGUCCUGAUCCCCCACACGCCCAUCGCCGUGGACUUUUGGAGCCUGCGCCGGGCUGGUGCUGCGCGGCUCUUUUUCUUGUCCCACCUGCACUCGGACCACACCGUGGGCCUGUCUAGCACCUGGGCCCGGCCCCUUUACUGCUCCCCAAUCACUGCCCACCUCUUGCAUCGUCACCUACAGGUAUCUAAGCAGUGGAUCCGAGCCCUGGAGGUUGGUGAGAGCCAUGUAUUGCCUCUAGAUGAAAUUGGACGAGAGACCAUGACUGUAACCCUCAUUGAUGCCAAUCACUGCCCUGGUUCUGUCAUGUUUCUCUUUGAAGGCUACUUUGGAACCAUCCUCUACACAGGUGAUUUUCGAUAUACACCAUCCAUGCUAAAGGAGCCAGCCCUGACAUUGGGGAAACAGAUCCAUACCUUAUACCUAGACAAUACCAAUUGCAACCCAGCCCUGGUUCUUCCUUCCCGACAAGAAGCUGCCCACCAGAUUGUCCAGCUCAUUCGAAAGCACCCACAUCAUAAUGUAAAGAUUGGACUCUAUAGCCUGGGAAAGGAAUCACUGCUCGAGCAGCUGGCCCUGGAGUUUCGGACCUGGGUGGUAUUGAGUCCUCGGCGCCUAGAGUUGGUACAGCUGCUGGGUCUGGCAGAUGUGUUCACAGUGGAAGAGAAGGCUGGCCGCCUCCAUGCUGUAGACCAUAUGGAGAUCUGCCAUUCUGCCAUGCUGCAUUGGAACCAGACCCACCCUACCAUUGCAAUCCUUCCCACAAGCCGGAAAAUCCACAGAUCCCACCCUGAUAUCCAUAUAAUCCCUUACUCUGACCAUUCCUCCUACUCUGAGCUUCGUGCCUUUGUUGCAGCACUGAAGCCUUGCCAGGUGGUGCCCAUCGUCGGUCGACGGCCCUGUGGAGACUUCUUUCAGGACAGCCUGAGCCCCAGGCUCUCCAUGCCCCUGAUUCCAGACUCUGUGCAGCAAUACAUGAGUUCCUCCUCUAAAAAACCAAGCUUUCUCUGGCUGUUAGAAAGGAGGCUAAAGAGGCUGAGAACCCAGGGUGUUGUGUUUGAAUCCCCUGAGGAAAGUACUGAUCAACCUCAAGCUGACAGAGACACAAAGAAGGCCAAGAAAGAGAACCUUUUUCCCUGGCCUGGGGACCUUGAAAAGCAGCCCUUUCACCGUCCUUUGCAGAUCAAGAAGCAGUUGUUCCCAGACCUCUGCAGCAAAAAAUGGGAUGGGGCAGUUCCUUCCUGUGAGUCCCAGAAGAUGGUGACUAUGUUUGCUGACUCCCUGGGAUUUUCAGUGCAAUUGAGGUCUACAGAUGAGGAGUCUAUCUCUCCAGAAACCAGGGGGGAAAUUGGCUUAGGGUCCCCCUUGGUACCCAGGGGAGAUGAUGAUGGCCCAGCAGCCACAGGGAACCAGAGUGCCUGGAUGGGCCAUGAUUCUCCCCUGUCUCACAGCAGCAAGGUCGCCCCUUUUCUAGCUGCUGAGUUCAGGAGCCUAGCACUAAAGUACCUUCUGACUCCAGUGAACUUUUUCCAGGCAGGAUUCUCUUCUAGGAGCUUUGACCAGCAAGUGGAAAAAUACCAUAAACCCUUGCUGAAGUACACACAGGAGAGUAUGAAAUAACCUUGUUUUAUCCAACACUCCAGUUUUGAAGGGUGGCUGAUGGCUAUUGAGGAGAGUUUGCUUUGUGCCUUACUUUUCUAUCUUUAUAGAGUUCAUAUGGGCUCACACUGGAGCAGCACUUCCUAAAGGUUCUUCAUUGGAGUCCUGGUGCCUACGGAGUCCUUAGUUUUAUAGUUGACUAUGUUUAAGAAACACUUUUCAUUAUAAACUCUUCAGAGUGUGUAUGAGCACAUUAAAGAUUCUUAGAAUUCCUAUAGUAACUUAAUUUAUUUA